CGCGUCGAGCGGAGUAUUAAACCCGAUUUUUUUUUUUUUGUGGAUGAAAUGAUUAGAUUGUUUCUUUUUUUUGUUCUUCUUCUUAUUAUUAUUAUAUUCUCAAUAACAAGAUCUCUUUCUGUUAUUGAAGGUCAGUCUUCUUUCCACUUGGAUCAAUAUAAAAUACAAUGCUUCAAAAACGACCAAGAAGUGAUCAUCAAAGUAACCGUGAUAGACUGACAAGAAACGUGUUAUCUCGCCAAAAUAACGAUGCCAGGUCCGUUAUUACUGUACCUGCUUCUUUACCUGUACUUCCAACUGUAUCUCCUGAACAAAUGUAUUCCAACUUUGAAGAAUGGAUCAAAAUGGCUACAGACAAUAAAAUCAAUGCUGCCAAUAGUUGGAACUUUGCACUUAUCGAUUACUUUCACGAAAUGACCUUUAUUCGAGAAGGUGAUUCUAUCAACUUUCAACGGGCUUCUUGUACUUUGGAUGGCUGUGUCAAAAUCUAUACAUCGCGGGUGGAUUCCGUUGCUACCGAAACUGGCAAACUCCUUACCGGUUUGACUGAUCAUGCUAAGGAUGAUGGAGAAGAUGGUUCUCAAGAUGGCGAAGAUGGUGUCCAUGAACGACGAGUGCGACGAAGGGCUCAUCGAUCUGAAGCAACAUUACUCAAGGACUUUUCCAGUUUGGCACUAAAAAAAUUAGAUGUUGACUUUGCUGUAGAUCCUCUAUUCAAGAAAACAUCUGCCGAUUUUGAUGAAGGAGGUGCGAGGGGGUUACUAUUGAAUCACUUGAAUUUGGACCAAGACUGCAAAAUCAUUUUUGACUCGUCGGAUGCACGUCCUGAAGAUGAUGAAGAUAAACAUUCAGAAACUGAAACGUCCACCCAAGUGUUUAGCGAUAUAACAACCAAAGAACGAACGGAUGAUAAUACCAGCACCAGACUUGCUAAAUCUCCUGAUGAUGAUGAUGAUGAAGAUGAUGAAGGUAUGGAUAUAGAUGAAUUGGAGCAUCAAAUCAAAAUGGGAAGUCAAAUGAUUACUAUGGAUGAUCCUGGACAACAAUUACUGACAGAACAACAAGAUAUUGAUAUCUCAAAUCUCAAAGCCAAAAUUGCAUUGGACGAAUCUUUCGAUGACCUUCACAUCUGUCCAACACUAAGUCAGGUCAAUUUCUUUACAGACGCUACGAUAUCAAUACCAGGAACUGAUAAGGAUAUUAAUAUGAACGAUGAUAACAAGAACCAAGAUGGCAAUACCCUGGACGAACAUUACGAUUAUGGAUUCGAUACUUUCGACUUUGAUGAAGACAAUGAACAAGAGGGUGAAUUGAUGGAUCCUUUUGCAGAUAAUGAUAUAAGUCAAAUCAAUGACACGGAACAAGAUGAUCUAGUUAAUAAUACUGGCUUACCUGGGGAUACCACUAUCGAUCAAGUCACAACUAUAUCCACCAGUCAAGAGAAUGAACUACUUAGCUAUUUCGACACAACGUUAACGAAAAAUUGGGCUGGACCAGCACAUUGGAAAUUACGACGCACAAAGACAAUUGAUGCAUUACAUAUCACAGGAUCGCAACCUAUCGGCGAUAAUGAACAUCCACCACCUAAAGAACGACCUCAGAAGAAACCUACUGUACCACGAUCCAUGAUUGACUUUUUGGAGGGUGAAGAUAUUGUUGAAUUGGACAUCUUUGCAAAGAGCAAGCGAUCGAUUAUUAUUAAUCAUCCCAAGGAACAUUUGACCUAUCUUUUACCGGAUGAUGAACAAUUUUCUUCUAAACAACUUUUACGAUAUUUCUUGAAACCUGUAUUUUCGUUGAGUAGAUACAAGGGAACGAAACCUCGAGGGGAUAAUGUAUACGAAACAAGUCAUGAACCACUUGGUGAUGAUUUCAAUAUGGAUCAAGAACCUGAUAUAGAAUAUUGGGCCAAUGCUGAUUCUGGUGGAGGAUAUACUCAAGAUAUCGAUAAUGAUGAUGAUGACAAUUUGCAAACACGAGAAGAUACCAUGACACCAUUUGACGAUGUUUCAGGAUUUCAAGAUACUUUUAUUGAGGAUACUUUUGAUAACGAGGGAUCUGCUACCUAUGGAGAUCAACUGAUUACGAAUCAUCAGGUCAAGAAAAUCAAGCCUCCCUAUGUCAAUUAUGCUCGCACUGCCAAACGUGUAGAUGUUCGAAAAUUGAAAGAAAAUCUUUGGAAAGCAUUGACCUUGCCUCCUACUGAUGGAAAUGAACAUCAAGUAGGCAAAGUUUAUGGUGAAAGAAAAUUCACCGAGGUAUUGCAAGAUUUGAAGAAAAUGUAUACACCCCAAACGAUGAAGGAUAUUUCAGUACCAUUUUGUUUCAUUUGUCUUCUUCAUUUGGCUAAUGAACAAAACCUGACAAUUACUGGACUUGGACGUGAUGAUCAAGACGAUGACUUUGUGCUUGGUGACGAUCCUCAUUGGAUGUCAAAUGAAGAUUUGCUUAGUGAAGUCAAGAUUGUUCAAGUUGCCUAGGAUUCUUCUUUAUACAUCUACAAAUAUAUACAUAUAUCACUUCAUCCUCUCUCUUUUUUUUUUUUUUUCUUAAUAUUCCUUUUUCUGUAGUAUAGUUCAAAUGAUCCAUUUUCCCACCAACCAUUAUCAAUUCCUCCCCACCUCUUUUUUUUUUUUUUUUCUUUUACGCAC